AACAGACAAAGGAAUAGAAAUAAACCAGGGGACAGAGAUUAAUGUAACUAAAAGACAGAGGUGACAAUAAAAGCUAAGGUGACUAACAACAAACUAAGGCAAAAUAAUACAUAAGAUGCCAAAACACAAGGACACAAACAAGCACAACUGUGACACCCACUGAUGACAGUAAAAGUUGUGGAAAGUUGUUUUUCUGACUUGCCACCAAAACAUGUAUAUUAUAUAGUUAUGUUGUCAUGCACUUCUGGCCACUGCAAUAUGCCUUUGGCAGAAAACCCAAAGCUUCGGUUUGGCUUGUGGGAGAGGACCAACCCCUCUGGCGUCAUUCUGCCAUUGCACAAAAUCUUCCCUUUCCACUUUGUGCUAUGGAAACUGCGUGUGUCACAAAGCAACAACUUCAUCAGCUGACAUCAAGGAAUGCAGGGCAACAAAUGCACAGAAGAUGCAGAGGGAGAUCCUGACAGGGUGGAUCCCUUUUACAAUCAAGGCAAAUUGGCAUGUGCCAUGUUUUUGGUUCUUUUCAUCCUGUCAUUUUUGGUAAUAGGAAUCGUAACAGGUCUCAACUUCUCCAAGAACCCACAGAGAGAUGAGAACAAAAGCCUUUUUUCUGAUGGAAAAACACCUAUUCCAUUCCAAUACAAAGGGCCCUGCUCGGAUGGUUGGAUUGCUUAUAAUAACAGCUGUUAUUUGUUAGUUGAAGCUUAUGAGACAUGGGAAUUAUCAAAGUCUCUAUGCCAUGAGCAUGGGGCGCACCUAAUGGUUGUGAACAGCGAGGAGGAGCUGGAGUAUAUUUUAAAAGUUGUUAAAAAGACGACCGACUACUGGAUUGGUCUUAAGAGGGAUGGAACGGGGAAAUGGAGCUGGGUAAAUGGAGACGGUUAUCAUUUAACUCCAAAUUUCUGGGAUAACGGUCAACCUGGUCGUGGUGAUGUGGAGUCUUGCAUUCACUUGAAUGGAAUCGAAACCGCACGUCUGAAGCUGUUACAUUAUGCUGACUGUAACAGUAAACUGUAUUAUAUUUGUGAACGCAAACUUAGAAAAGUGUAGUAUAUAAUAUAGGAAAAUUUUGCCAACUGAAUUAUGGUGCUCUGUGUGCAUAUCUCUGAUAUUUUUAGAUGUUUAUAAAGCUGAUAUAGAUGUUGUUUCAUCCUUUUAUUGACUAUUUAUUGAAAUCUAUGCCUAUCUGAUGCACAUUUAAUGUAAGGAAAAAUAUUAGAGGUUUUGUUAUGUGAUUCAAAUUCUAAUAAAAGUCCAUACUGCAUGUCUGCACAUAUUAAAGAAUCUCUAAACUGUGUAAAUUAUUGUAUAAUAUAAAAUUGCUGUUAUUAAAUACUACCCCACUGUUGGGAUAGAUUGUAACACUAAAAGAAAAUGUGGAUAUUUUAACACUUGUGCAUGCAUAUUUAUAUGGGAAUCAACUUUUCUUGUUUACAAUAAUCACCACAUCCCACCCAAACAUUUUAAUUGAAAACUAUUCAAAUGACAUUCAGCAAUUUUAAAUACAUAACAGAUGUGUGUGCAGUGUUUGUGUAUGUGUAUGUGCGUGUGUGCGUGCGUUCGUUCGUUCGUGGGUUCGUUUGUGCGUGCGUGUGUGUGUGUGUUUUAGUCACUUUUAUUGUGGCAACUUUAGAAAAUAAUGUUACAAUCCUUUCAAGUUUUUGUAAACAUGUAGAUAAAAAAGCAUGAGCUGAAGUUCUGUAUCAAAUAAAACAAGAGAACCUGCUUAUUCAAAUUUGUAAUU